AUGAACCAGGAAGACGUUUUGACAAAGCUAAAGAAGGAUGUUCGCUCGUUGCUCAUUUCAUCCAAGAUGGGCUUGGAGCCUGAUCUGCUCAAGCGAGACUACUUUACCAUGUUGGGGCAUCCAAUGCCAUUGAAACUCCUGGGUUUCAGAAAUGUGGUGGAUAUGGCGAGGUCAAUGCCAGAUGUGGUGUCUCUUAACUUCAGGGCAGAUAAUACCCUAUAUCUAAAAGCUGUCAGUGGAGAAUCUACUCGAAACAUCGAGGAGCUGGUAGCCAAGCAGCGCGUGUCUCGAGCCGACAAGAAGGUCAAAAAAUUUAAUUUCAACCAAUUCUCAUCUCAUGCCUGCCCUGCUGUGGUCGUCCCAAGAAGAGGAUCUGCUCCUCCGUCUCUUCCGUACCAGCUGAGGACACAGCUCCGCCUUCUGCUCUCCAAGGGUCCACUUCGGGUGUCUGACCUCGAGGCCUUUUUCUUGCGCUGCUUCGGCCUCCCGCUGCGUGCCCACAACUAUGGCUUCUACUCCAUUGGAGAGAUGCUGGAGGCAGCAGCGGACAUGAUCGUCAUCCAACAAAGCAGGCUUGGCUCAGUUGUGACCCUGAGGGAACAUAUGAUACCCAGGCCGCUGCUUGGACCCGCCAGCUCAUCAAGGAGGACUGGACCCAUAAAUCCAGGAUCACCUAGAAAAAUUGAGGUUGAGACAUCAACAAAACCUCGAGCUGAAGUUCCAGUGAAGCAGAAUCCUUGGGAGCAGCCUUCUACUGAGACUUCCUGGGGCUCGGACCAUAACAAGUCCACAUCUGUCAAAGACAAGUCAGAAAUGGCUGAAAAGAACCAGGAAGCCACACCUGUACCCUGCCAAGAGGGUCAGCUCUUUCACAAACGCUUCCUCAAGCUAGAGGAGGAGCUCCGUCAGCAAAUCCUGGAGAAUGGAGUUGCUGGCACCAUCAGUCAGGAGCUGAAGGACAAGCUACGAAAGGUUGUCAGUCAGACGAGGGGCGGAUUAUCGGUUCACGACUUGCCUGCUGAGUACAAGAGGCUUUUUGAUGAGGACUUGCCUCUGCUACAGAGCGGCUUUGUCAGUGUCACAGAACUUGUUGGCGCCUUGAGUGACAUUUUCCACCUCAAACCAGCAGAAGGUGUCAAUGGACAUCACUGGAUAGUCAUGAACCUACAGGACAGGAACAGUACACAACCAGAAUCAAAAGAGAUUAAAAAUUUUGACGAUAGUACAAAAUUGCCGAUUACAAACUACUACCUAAGCGAAAGAAAAUCACCUUGGGAGGGUAAACUGGAAGAAGACAGUGAUAAUAUCACAGCAGAUGACAAGGACAAGGAGAUGAGGAACAUUACCAAGACCAAAGAAACGAACUGUGAGGUGUACCCAACCCUGCAGUUACUCUGCAGCCCUGCUGUGCCCCUGGACGCCCUGCAGAGCCACCACCUCAAAGUACCGACACGUCGUGCUGCUCGAGAGCUAGUAGAAGUCUUGGUGGAACAGGUGGAGUCACCUGGACAUUUCUACAUCCGUUUCAGUGCGAGUGAGGAAGCCCAAGAUCUGGAGGAGAUGAUGAUGGACAUGAGACGAUGUUACACCUAUCCUGAGGUGUCCGAGCGCUACCGCCUACCUGAACAAUUUGUCCGACGGGGUCAGGUCUGCUGCAUAUCACCCGCAGGCAUGUGGGUGUACCGGGUGGUGAUCCACCAGGUCCUCAGCCCCACGCACGUUGAGGUGUACUAUGUUGACUAUGGUGUUAUGACAGUGGUACAGAGCGCCAACCUCAAGUUUCUAAAGUCAAUUUAUUCAGGUCUUCCAGCUCAAGCUGUUCCAGCGUCUCUCUCUGGAAUUAAACCCACCACAGGGAGCUGGACUGCUGAGGCCACAGCCUCUUUCCAGAAACUGUGCACUGAUCGCACCCUGGUGGGUGCGCUGAAUUGUUACACUGGAGAUGUGCUGCAGCUUUACCUGUGUGACACAAAUACUGAUAACGACAUCUAUAUCCACGAUGUUCUGCUGAGCCAAGGCCAUGGGACGGCCUGCAGCCCUGCAGCCACUUUGUGUGUCCAGAUCACGCCAGUGAGUCUCUACAUGGGAAAGGGAAUGUUUGAGCUGCCAGAGGUGGAAAUAGAGGUGAUUUCAUUCCCCAAGUCAGCGGACAGCCGUGAACCGUCCACAUCGGCCCCACUGAAGUUUGAAGAGGAAGAGCUACCUGCGCUGGAGUACAUCUAUGAUGAUGAGCUCAGCCCCCACAUCCAGGGCGAAGGGGACAACCCGUUCAGCACUCUGCUAAAUGUCCAACCCCGUUGUGAGGAAGACUGCACAUUGACCAAUGAGGCGCCUCCGACCAGCCCCGCAUGUCCCCCCACCAGCCCUCUGGCUCCUCCAGACCUCAUCGAGAUGACCCGGGCUCACUGUAAAGCCGAUGCUGAAGUAAUGACUCCUCCAAAUACUCCAUCCAGCAGUACUUCCAGCCCCUGCUGUCCUACACCAGGACAAGUGCAACAGCAGCCCGAGGUCACUACCCCCUCAAGGGUCAGACCACCUGUGAUCCCGAGGACUCUGAACCUCCACAUUCCUGACCUGGCCCCGAUGCAGGACUGCACUCAGGGUGUGCCUGCUUUUCCCGUCCACUGGCAAAAUGCUGGCUUUCUGUCUCCUUUCUUUGGGACCAGGUCAGUGGCUCCUCCUACAGCUGCUCCAACACAUCUGUCAGACCAACUGCACGAGUGACUCUUAACAAAGACGGAGUGUUUAUACAAG